AUGGAUUACGAGGAUGAACCUACAGAAAAACUUGAGAUAGAAGUUGAAAAAGGAGUGGAACAAGAAAUUUCUGAAUCCAUAUUAUUUAAACAAUAUGCAGCAGUUAGUAGAGACGAAUCAUUUAUGGUUGUUUUUGACAUAAACGAUGUCAAAGAUCCCAUAUUAAAAUUAUACGAAAUUAAUUUUGAUAAAAAAUAUGAAAAAUAUAAAACUAUUUCCGGUUCUUAUACUGAACGAUUAAUAUUUGAAAAUGAACAAUAUGCUUUGAUGGAAUCUAAAGAUUUUUCAAGUUUGACAGUUGCUGUAUCAGAUGAACUUACUUUUAAAGAAACAAAAUUUAGAGUGGUUGCUAUAUCUUGUAUAUCUCAUAAAGAUAUGUACAAAGAUCAUGAUGGUGAGAACGGUUUUACUAAAUUAUGGACAAUUGAAUACAAAUCAGAAACAAACGACUAUGAAGCUAGAGAUUGUUCGCUAGACAUAGAACAUGGUGGAAUAAUUCAAUUUCUUUCUGAAAUAACUACUGAAUACACACAAUUCACACUUAUUCUUUUAAGAGAAUCUGGAAUUUAUAAAUAUCAUUAUAGUUUACGGCAUUCAUAUUAUUACUUCUUUAAAUCUUUCCUUCGUGAUGAGAUGUUAGCAUUAGAAUAUUCUGAAAGAAUAGUUUAUGCUUUAAGAUAUAAUUGCAUAGAUACAUCAGAAAGAGAUCUAAACAAAAAUAUUGAACUUUAUAAUUUAAAAACCAAUCAAUUAAUGAAUGUAUUUCAAAGGCAUAAAUCUACUUUACCUUUCUUGAAUAGUGAAAAGCCUGGUGCGUUUGCCGUAUCUAAUGAUGAAAGGCUAUUGGCCUACGUGUCUGGAAAUAACAUUAAGAUCUAUUUGAUAGAAAAUGGCUUGGAAUUAUCUUCUAUGACAAGUAGAGAUUCAAUGUAUAAUAUAGAAUUUAUGAAUACUGUUAGAGAUUCUAUUGGAUUUCAAUCUUUGGAUAAAGCUACAG